AUGGCGGCGCGUUUGCUCGAUGACCUGGGGCUGCUCCCCUGGGCUGGGAUGCUUGACGUGGCUUCCGGGCUUCGAUUUCGAGCAACGUCUCGAUUUGCAAAGGGCAUGGCCAACCGACACCUCGACGUCGGAGCCGUGCUGGCACGUCAGCUGACCUACGCCAAUGAGGCAAGCGAAGCGGCCUGCAAUUCUGUCGCUUCUUUCUGGAGAAAGCUCGCGGCCCUUCGGAAGUUUUGUGAGCGCGGCGGGCGCGGCCAUGUGGACGUGGCGGGGGCACUGCAGCAAAGACUUCAGGACCCUGACUGGCGCGUGCGGCAAGCUGUCAUCACAGUACUCCCGGAGGUUUUGGAAAGCAAUGUUCGAGCCACGAUGAACGUGACAGUCAGUGAGCUGGUGGCAGAGAAGGUCUUGAAAGAUGAGUGUGUGGACGUGCGGGAGAGCGCGGCGAGCUGUUUGCCCUCCCUGGCGGCACGGGGACACGAGGCUGUGGUCCAUGCAUUGAAGCCAGCAAAUAAGGAUCGGGAGCAUAUCGUGCGAAGAGCAGCCGUGACCAGUUUGUCUCAACUGUCGCUUGCAGACUCGUCGGCCAGCUCUGCAGUGCUCGGUCGCGUGAUGGACAUUGACAUGGAAGUCAGACGAGCCGCCUUGAUAUCGGCCCGACAGAUAUAUCGAAUGGCCAGCGAAAAGGGCUGGUUGUUGCAGUAUGCACAAGCAUUUCUGGGGCGGCUUCGUGGGGACCCGCACAUCGAAGUGCGCUUGGCCGCCGUGGAUUGCUUAGAGACGCUUUGCGCAGAAGAUCAGCGGGUGGUGUGGGAGCUGGUGCAUGCAGCUGGGACGCCCGAGCAGUCGUGUCGGGUUCGGGAGCGGUGCCUGGAAGCUCUGCUUCAGUUCAGCUCAGAAGCUGGCUCCCAGUCACCCGCAAGGGAGAAUGUGCAAGGUCAAUGCUUGGGAAGUCAGCUUGUUCCCAAGAUAGCCGGGGUACUGCACGCGGCAUUGCAGCGGACGCAGCCACCGCAACUGCGGAUUUCAGCUGCCCGAUACCUCGCGUGUGUAAGUCAUCCAGCUUAUCGGGAUGUAGCAGAGCUGGGUAUGCUUGACACUGACCUGAGCAUUCAGAGCUUAUGCAUGACAGCCUUCUUGAAGAUAGGACGCGGAGGUGAGCGGUCGAAGCGCCUUUGUGCUGCUUGGGCCUUGAGGAACCUGAAACAUACGUCCAGAGAAGUUCGUUUGGACGCAGUUGGCAAAUUGAAAUUACUCGGCAGAACAGGCGAUGAAGCAUUGGAUGCCGAGAUUUUGUCUGCCCUGCUGCUUCGGUUGGAGGACGCCUCGGAUAUCGCAGCUGUUGCUCUGGAUGCAUUGGCAGCCUGCGCCACAGUCGGCAGCGUCACAGCCAUCCGGUCUUCGAGUCGGACAUUCCCUACCGCUGUAGAUCCAAAAGUAAAAUGCGCUGCAGCGAGAGCCUUGGCACAGGUAGCGAAGACCGGUGAUGAGACUGCAUUAUCAGCUCUUUGCCAAGGGCUCGCUAAGAAAGCUCAUGGAGAAGUCAUCUGUGCGGCUAUUCAAGCCAUUGGUACUUUGAGCCGUCGAGGUGAUGCUUCUGUGCUUGCCAUGCUGGUGGAUCUCUUGCCUGGGCUAGGGUAUGAUGGCCGCGAUGAUGGAGAUGCUCUUCGGGAAGCUCUCCUUGCACUUGCUCGGCUGGCGCGUCGGGGCAACGGGGUUGUCGCUGCCAGCAUCUUGAGGAUCCUGGAGCGAAAGCCAGAGGCAGGCGUUCAGGUCGCCUCUGUGCAGGCGCUGCAAGCCGUUGCAAGGAAGGGCGACGCGCGCGCCAUUGAAUGCCUGCUUACGCUGCUCAGAUCUGUAGAGCCAUCCGUAUGUGAAGCUGCAGUGAUAGCUGUUGCGGAGCUCAGCAAGCGGGGGGACGCCACGACAAUCUGCAGUUUAUUGCCGCUGAUUUCUGGUGCGACCCACGACCAACCGAGACUCCGAAUAGCAGCAAUUCGGGCCACCGCGGCGCUUGCGACCCGUGUUUCCGAAGGAAAGCACAGCGACGCCACGGCUAUAGCUGCAGUUGUGGACUGUCUCAAGGACGCCGCAGUGAGAUCAGAGGCCAUUGAGGCAUUGUCCAAGAUGGCGAAAGCUGGUGAUCGCGGAGAUCAGGUGGCCAUCGCCUCUGUGUCCCGUUUCCUCACCCACUCCGACCCGGACUGCCGCGCAGCUGCAGUCUUCGCUCUGACGAAGGUUGCUCGAGCUGGUGAUCAGGCCGUUGUGUCGGCACUCAGUCGGUGCUUGGAGAGCGACUGCGCUGUGGUCCAACGCUCUGCUGCACAGGCCCUGGGUGACCUUUCUGGACAGGCCCAUCUUCGUGCAGUGGAGGAGCUUGAGGCACAGUUGCUGAACCCCGAUGCCAGCGUACGCGAUGCAGCCACCGCAUCCUUAAGGAAGAUUCGUGGAAUCAAGGCCGUCCCUGUCAUUGUCCAUGCUUGGCAGGUACAGAGGGAUCGGCCUGUGGAAUUUGCGAAACGGCGGCGUUCGCCAAGCCCUCCGACAGAGGAAGUCGCGCGGCGCAUGGUUGGCGCCACACUGGCAGCCAUAGGACCAGGUGUUGCCGUAGGCCGAGCUUCGCACGUCUCUUACGAGGAGAUUGCUCGAGAGGACACACAGCGAUGGGUGUCCUGCGAUAACGAGGGCUACACAACGCUGAACCUUGCUGGCAAGUCUUGCCCUGGACAACAAGUGGACAUCAAGCCAGAUCUGCACUGGUUGUUGAUAACGAAGCCUGAUGGAGGCUACGAGCUCCAGCCAGUUAGUGCAUGGUUCACCUUCGAACGCCCGCUGGCGACAGAAGAUGAUCCCGACGAUGAAGACUUGGACAAGGAGGCGGAAGUGGAUACUGGCAGUAAGAAGCGGAAGUCGGAGCACCUCGGUGAGGACGGCAUGAAAAGAGAUGGCUCCACGCGGCGGAACAUCGACAACCGCUGGCAAGGGAUGCUGGAGCGAGCUGUCCAGACCGGGCGCUGGCUUGAUCCCGCAGGAGGAAGCUCGCGGAUCCGCGAGCAGAUUCUCAGCGACUUCCACCACACUGCGGAUGGACUCGGGCCUCAGGUUCUGAGCAUCCUGAAGUCGGUGAACAAAGACCUCAGCGUGUUGCGCUGCCUGAGAGAGCUUGAAGGGCUGGAGCAGAUGUCGUUUCAACAGAAGCAACAAGUGCGGACGGACCUGCUGCAACAUCCUGGACAGUUGCAGCAGAUGAACUGGGACACGGAUGGCAGCAUCCUUAAAUCAGUGGCGGAGCACCUGCACGAGAAGCGUGUGGAGAACCGCAGGUUGAAGGCGAAAAAUAAGCGGGCGAAGGCCAAGAAUCAUGGGGAGGAUGUAGAUGUGCCUGAGACUGCCAAUACCCUGAAGCAGCUCAAGUCUGAAACAGGCGAAGCCUUAUGGGAUUUUGAAGCUGCCGACGAGUUCUCCGACGAUCAGGAGGAGGAUACGGAGGAGAAGCAUCGCGAGCUUGUUGUGCCAGACGGCAAUCAGGUCUUGGCUCCCGAGGAAGGAGCCGAAACCGACAGUGAUGACGAGAUCCACAUGUUGAGCAAGCACGGGCAUGAACUGCAAGAACUGCUGGACCGGCAGAAGGAUCCGGAGGACCAGGAUGAGGACUCGCAGGAACGCCCUGUGCAGACGCACGCUUGA